CCGGCCAUGGCGAGCGAAGCGUCGGCGGAGUUGGAAGCGAAGCUGUUGAAGCGACGGCAGAAAUGCGAGGGCGCCCAUGCGCCAUCCCCCCCUACCAAGAAGGGCAACCGCGUUUGGAGCGACGAAAUGGCGAAGACUGUGUCGCAACAGCGCCGUGCACGCCUGACUCAAGGCGACAGCCGGCUAGACAUCGUCCCGCCCUCGAGUGCGUCCUCUUCCUCGUCGAGGCCGAAGGCUUCCAGCUCGAGCCGAAGGCCUUUCUUCUUCGCUGCGGGCCUAGUGGCAGCCCUGUGCCUGCUGGGCGCCGUGGUCUGUAGGCAAGAAGAAGUUGAUGUUAACCUUCCCAAUGAGUCCGACUUCACGACGGAUGUCCCUGAAGCUGUUGAAACUGAAGUCAAGAGAGAGGACGUGGCCGCCAACGACACUGCGAAAACCGUGGAAGCCACCGCGACGACCAAAGCCGAAGCGCAGCCCCCGGAAAUGGAGCCCGCAGAAGAGGAGGUGCCCUUUGACAGAGAGCAUUUCAGCGCCAUGGUGAAGGAAUCGGCCAUCCAGCCGCAUCAUAGUUCUGUUGCUGCUGAUUCCAGGGCUCCAAGAGACCUCACCGAAGAGUGGCAGCAGUUCCUCUCGGAGAACCCAACCAUCGGGCAGGUGUAUCGACUUGGUCGUCUGACGGUGACCGAAUCUUCUUCCAGGCCGGUGCGUGUCACGGUGAACAUCACCUUGACCAACCUGGGGAGCAGCACCUGGCCGGCACAUGCCGCAGUGCAGAUCGCCCACGGUGCCGACUUGGGGAUGGACACCCUACCGUUAGGACGGGUCACUAGUCCUGGGGAGCACCGCAAGGUCACACUCCAUCUGAAGGUGCCGCGUCAGGCGGAUGCGCCCAGCUGCAUUUGGGCCCUCAGUUUGGAUGGCCGCGUCUUCGGGGUGCUGCUGCUGUUGGAGUUGGAUUGGAUUGAGAGCACUAGUGCUGGACUCCUAGGGCAGGCAACCGACAACCUUCAAUCAGCUCGUGCCUAUGUUCACGAAGUCAGGCCACAAGCUCACGACCAGGCUUUGCUACCUGAUCUCUCACGAGUGGGCGAUGUGACUGAGGAAUGGUCCGCUGACCUGGCUCCAACUAGCGUCACGCAGGCCUAUCGGAUUGGGAGCAUCGAGGUCGCGUCUGUGGCUCGGGGAGCUGUUCUGGACCUUGUUCUGGCUUUAGAGAACAUCGGACAAGACGAAUGGCCGGAAGGAACUGAGUUGAAACUGGUCAGCGGUCACUCCUUUGGCUUUGAAUCCUGGGACUUGGACACACCAGUUCAUGCAGGGUCUGUCGUUCAGGUGGCCAUGCCCUUGAAGAUUGACCACAAAGAUGCCAUGGUGGAAGAAAGCGUCUGGGCUCUGUCCUUGGCAGGACACAGCUUUGGUCCACUUCUGGUGUUGGAGCUGCGUUAUAAUCCAAGAUGAAGAAAUAGAAAAAAAA